AAAGUGGGCAAAGCAUUCUGGUAGUUGUAGUAAAUGACGCCAUAAUACAAAUUAUUAUUAAUUAGUAAUUUCUUGGCUGGUUUUAAAGAUACAGCACAUUUUCAAACAGUAGUAAUUUUAGUUUUCAAUGAUUUACUCUAAAACUACCAGUCGGAUCAUCUAGACAUUUUAAGGUGGAUUUUCACGUACAGCUUGUAGUAUAAGAUUUUCCUACAACAAGUCGUAGGAUUUUAAGCCGUGGUUCAGAAUCCUACUACAAUUAGUAGGUUGCAUUCAACUGUUGUAGACAAGUCGUAGGGGCAUUUACACUGCGCGAUUUAAGUCGUAUACUACAAGUCACACGCAAUAAUCGUUCUGUGUAAAUCUGCCUUCACAAUUUGUAUAGAUCUUAUCAAACUGCAUAAAAUAUAUGAAUUUGGUUGGAAAAACUCAGGCAGAAAAAAAUGAGCCCAAAAUAUGACGUACAUAGAAUAAACAGCCGUAUAGAAAUAAAUAUGGACACGAAUUACCAUGAUUUUGUGAUAUGUUGAACAUCAAUUUUUGAAAAUCAGUGUGUGGAAAAUUUCAGUACUAUAGCAUAAGUUUCAAAUUGAAAGAAUUGAUGAUAAUCGCUAAUGGUCACUGUCUGCUGCGAUCUGAUAAUGAUAGAUAUUAAAAUAGCAUCGAAGAAUAUAACUUUAUCAUCUAAAGUCUAAAAAAUCCCUUUUCUGACUUCGAAGGCUGUCAUUUAGACAAUUUUCUUGAGUAAAAUCAGUCAAAUAAAGCUGUUAGAUUGGGUUUCUACAGCGCAUGGGUGAAAUAGCCUGGUUCUGGCUUCCAAUAUUGCACAUUUCCGAGUUCAAGGACUUGAUCUGAGACCAAAAGUAACGCAGGCUCUGGGUAAGAGAUUGUUGAAAAAUCACAAAGAGUACAAAAUUUGUGUUUCAUUAGUUGUGAUCCACCUUAACUUUGGGUGUUUUUUUCUUCUCGUUUUCAAAAUAAGUAGCAAACAAGACCCUACUCAGUAUGCUAAAAAAACCUGCAUAACAGUUGUUAUCCUUACCCCUGGUCCCCUCCUCAUCUUCAAUGGGAAGACCAUUUCCUGAGACCAAAAUCAACUCUUUACCAAACUUUUCCUUGGCUUUGUCUAGUACAAAAGGGACAUUUGCAGAGUCCUCUCUAAGGGUUAGAUACAUCUGAUUUUUCUCUGUGAAUCCUUUCCCUGUUUUGUCAGCCAAUACAAUUUUACAUGCAAAGGAGGUUUUGUCUGUGCUCUUCUUAAAGGCAGCAAAUGGUCUUAAGGUUUGUUGGUUGUUGGCACCAGACUGAGAAUUUGUGGAGGCUGAGGUGUAGCUUAAUGCACUUGAAGGUGGAUUUUGUUUGCUUUUUUCAACUCCCAUCACCUCAAAGCUUGUUCCAACUGUAUAUGGGAGAAGAUUGAACUUCCCAUCAUCAGGGAAGACUGCAGAAUCUCCCCACUCCUCCUUGAGGUACAGUGAAUCUUCAUCAACCUAAUUUCAUAAAAUAAUAUAUGUAAAGUCAUAGUAAAACAAAUGCUAUAAAACUUGUAGUUUCUAAAUGAAUGGGAAUUGUCAAAUUCUGAUCUCAAAAUCCAAACUACAGUUGAUUCUUUUUGAACGAGCACUCUCGUAAACGACCGUCUCUCGUAAACGACCACUUUUUCCUGAUCCCGAGGUGGUCGCUUCACUUUAACGCUUACGAGAGAGUUAAUUGGCUCAGUGUAUUUUAAAACUAAAUCCUAAUUACUUUUAAUGUCAUGACACCUUUUUUAAUUGACUCCUUCAAAGUUCGUAUAUCUAAUGAAGCCUUCUUUAAUUUGGUGUCAUUUACAUAACUCAAAGGCGCAAAACUGAAAUGCAGGAGUACUUCACCAUUCAGUUAUUCACUUUAUAUAGAAUCAGCUCACAGAGAAUCAUGUAAUCAGUGACAGCAUUUCUAACGCCUAAAUCUCUCCAUUCAAUUUCCAUACGAAGUUUGAGUCAAGAAAAUAUAUUUGCGCAAGACGAUGGGUUUUUAAUUGACAAGAAUGUCUUUUAACAUGACUUUUAGACUACGACCAUAACAACACCCUGCGUGUUUUACUAACUUAUUUGUCACAAAACCGUUUUGAACGUAUUCGAUUUGUUAAAAUGCUUCAAAUUUCGUGCAAUUUAUGAUUGUUAAUAUCUUUUCCUUAGUUUGUGCUAUUUUUUUAUAAAUGAAGAAACAAACCCGCACCACGCUCAAACAAAAUAGCAUUAUUGAUCUGAUAACUGGUGAUAAUCGAAUGAGAAUUGACAUCCCGAUCUAUUUCAAAACGUUCCAAAUAAAUUCCACCGCGGCUUUAUAAGAUUGUUGCCUGCACUUCUCAACGAGAUAAUGUUAUCAGGCCACGCAUCAGGUCGCUAGACAUUCACAAAUUGAUGCGAACUUUUCAUGUAAAGUGGAGUGUGAUCUUCAUGUGUACAUUCAAUUUGUAAUAAGACAUGAAAACUUAAGUGUGAUUUAUAGAAACCGGUGUUUUCAGUUACAGAUUAAAACAUUUAUAACAUGGCGAUUCGCAAGUUUUAUUUUGAGAAACAAAUUGAACUGCAGUUUGGAAAUAUAAAAAUUAUUACAUAUCAUAGUUAACUACAAACUACGAGCUACUGCAAACUAUACAACUCAAGGAAAGGUUUUGUUUCGGAAAUUUCGAAUUGUUUUGACAUAACUCAGAAUCAACUUCAAUAACUGCAUCACAUGCUGCAUUCUUAUGAAUAUUGCAAAUGGUUACAUGUAAUAGGCAUAUUAAGUGAAAGACAUCGAGUUUACAAUGUAAAGUUGCUUUUUCUAGCCGUUCGACAAGUAUUUUGAGCCAUCCAAGCGGAAUGUCAGCUAUAAGGCUUACUAAAGAUUUCCCUACUGGUUCCCCACAAAAAGAGACCUACAGUUGCUUGUGCAAUGACUGUACUUACUUGAAAAGCGGUAGAAAGUCGUUUUGCUGUCACAUCUUGCAGUGAGAUCCACAAUUUUCUCCCUCCUCUGAUAAAUUCAAACUGAUUCGCCAUGGUUUUAUAAACUUAGCUCACACGACAAACUUAGCUCACACGACGACGACUCAAACAACCCGACUUUCCCACGGCGCGCUUGUGUAGUUAUGCUCAAAGGACACGUGACUCGUCUACAUGCUCUUUCCGAGAAUCAUGAUAUUUUGGCGCGAAAAUCAAUGAAAAAUAUGAUCCUAAUAUGAUAAUCUAAUGGAGGUUUAAAGGCAUGGGAUAUAAAAUUUAUUGUAAUGGAACGUUUUUUAAAGUGUACCUACUGGAAAAUGAACGUGAAUGUUACAGAUAUUUGUGAGACAUUUGUGGCGGGGGUGUAGAACGAACACGAAAAAUAGGCUGCUGUACGUAUCAUUAAUAGGACACCAUAGGGUCCCAUCGUCAAAUUAACAAAGCAAAAGUGGCCAGAAUAAGAGUUUUCCCAACCUUUAUUCAUAAAAUAUUAUGUUUGUUUAAUCCGUGUUCCCUGUUGCCGAUGUGUUUAUACGCCAGUAGUUUUUUUUUUCUAUGAUUAUGAUUAUGGUGGGGUGGUGGGUUUGAAGUUGGUAUAUCUUUUACCAAAAGUCAUUUAACUGCUCAUUUGUUAGAUAGGCAUUAACUUUUGGUCUCUUGUAUCGAAUACCACUCAGGGGCGGAUCCAGGAUUUUUUUUUAGGGGGGUGACUUUUGAUUUUUUAAGAGUUAACAUAUUUAAUUUUCCCGCCAAACGAACAAAAGCUCCGCGAAUGCAUGUGUGUUCUUAGAUGCCCGAGACGCUAAAAAGUGUUAGUCCUUUUGAAAAGUGUUAUUUAUCGAAAUAUCAACCAAUUAUUUCACUAUUUCCUUGAUAUGAAUAUUUCUAUAUAUUCAAUUUAUACAGGAAAAAGGGGGGUGAACGUUUACCCAGUUCACCCCCCCCCCCCUGUAUCCGCCCCUGCCACUAAAUCAAGAGUAUAUAAUGCUAACAUCACCAAUACACUGAUUUGUGCAAACAUUUUAUGUAUACUAUAUAUGGAUAAAUUAUUACUUGCAGAAGUUCUGUAUCCAUAUUUACGUAAGCAUAAAAUGACAAAUAUCUAAUAAGUUUUCACAUUUUAAAACAUGUUAAUAUUUCUGCAAUUGAAUGUUGUCACAGAAAAAAUACUUACCAUUCAGCUCAUUUGUUGUGCUCUCAAUAAAAUAGGGAAGUUCAAUCUCAAUUUGUGCAUUAGUGUAUUCAAGCUUGCUGGAGCUUUUGUUUAAACGAUACAGUCUGAGAUCAAAUGGAACCAUUUUAAAGGCAAGAUCUUUCAGCCCCAUAAAGUCGAGUUUUUUUCGGUUACUACCUCCCCAACUUGCAUGGGUGGGGGUGUGCUGCACGACACUCAAAACCCUAAGCCUAGCCUACCACAGACCAAUUUUCGCGCUAUAUUCCGACCAGGCAGAUCAGGUCUAUGUCAUAACUAUGAUAUCAACGAAUUAUUAAUAAUGUAAACACAUUUAUAAACGUUCCAGCUCACCUGAAAUGCAACAGCUAAUCGUCGCAGUGUCAGUUCCUCUUCUUUAAUGCUAAUUCGAAGCUCUUUCCCCUCUCUUUCAAAUUCAAACUUUCGAGCAACCAUCUUCACCAAGACAUACCCCCUCUAUCAAUGCCAACGCCCUAAUUCGGUUUGCGGUACUUGUGGGGCGGGGGACAGGGAGCCCGCCACUAAGAACGGCUGCGAGGAGACUACGGUACUUUUGGUUUGCGGCUGUAUUUUGGCGCGAAAAUCGUUGGGCCUGUUGUUGGUUAAAAUACUAUUCAAUAUGGAACGUUUGUCCAAGACUGUUAUUGAAGAUUUAAUCUAUCGUCAAAAAAAAACACACUAUGAAAUAAGUGAGAUCCUACAGAAACGAUUUCCCAAUGAACGAGGCUUCAGCGAAAGAUCGGUAAGAAGAUUUUGUAAUGAAAACAACAUAUCGAAAAGGUCUGGAGUUGACGAGGCAGAAUUACAUAGAAUGGUUAAAGAUGUUGUAUCUAAGGUUGGCCCAACCUGGGGGCGCAAAAUGAUAACCGGAUAUCUUCGUUCAAGAUGCGUUUAUGCAGGGGAACGACAAGUUGGCCAAUGUCUUGCAAAUGUGGCCCCGAAGUUUCACGAACAGAGGAAAAAUCGUGCAGAACAGUUGAAAAACCCUGUUCCAUACAAUGCCGAAUAUUUCGGCCACAAACUUCACAUAGAUCAGAACGAGAAGCUCAACAUGUAUGGUGUUGUUCACGUAUGUGCUGUAGAUGGUUAUAGUGGCAUGAUUGUAAGUCAUGCUUUAAUGCCAGUUAAAAAUAAUCUACUUAUCUAUGAGCACAUUUACAGGCAAUCAAUAUUGUCAUAUGGCAUGUGGGAUCAGCUUAGAACAGACCAUGGACGGGAAUUUGCGCUUAUGCUAUUCAUCCAAGAUGUACUGAGAGAACAUAGAACAAACGUUAAAAGACUGCCAUAUAUUCAGUCAACUUCCAAAAAGAACCACAGAAUAGAAAGAAUGUGGGUAGAGAUGAACCUGAGAGUAAAUUAUCCAGUAAAGCGUGUGCUCAACUCCAUGGUUGAUGAUGAAUUACUGGACAUAAAUGAUGACAUUACAAAGUUUGCAAUAUCCUGGGUAGCAAUGAGGGUCUGUCUUGUUGGCUGUGUCCAAGUCAUUGAUGCAUGGAAUUCUCAUAGUGUUCCAGGAAAAGGUGAGCCUAAACAACUGCAAAAGAGCAAAGACAAUACUAAGACAAUUUCACCUAGUCAACUUCCCACCACAGAGGAAGCAGUCCAGAUGUAUGAAGAGCAGGGUGGUGCACUUACAUACUGGCCAGAAUUUGGUGAAGAUCCCUUAACAACAGAAGAGCUACAACAAGAACGUGAAAAUAAUUUUCAUAAGUCCUUUCAUAAUUUUGAUGUAAUUUUCCACAGACUGGCUAUUGGUGAAUCGUCAUUGUUUCAAAAUGCUGUAAUACUGUUCAGGGAUCUUACUAUUCAGUUUGCUGAGUUUGAAGUAUAAAUUAAGUUUAAGAAGUACUUGUUGCGCAAAUUUUAAAAACAAAAUAGUUUUGGAUUUUAUUUGUGAAAAUUAGAUGUAAAAUUAUCUUGAGUUCUUGAGUAAAAAAAAAAUAAAAUUUGAGAAGUUGAUAAUACUUCUAAUAAUAAUUGUGAAAGUUGACAGUGGGAGUACACCCAGAAAUAGUAAUAAAAAAGAUAAGUAUAUAUUUAUUCAGUCGAAAUUCAUCAAACCAUAACCCUCACAAAAGCGUGAAAAUGCAAUAUCAAAGGUUUUUACUCCAGGGGGAGUGGUCAAAAGGCCAGUCUGAAUAGUGUUAAAAUUUGAAAGAUAUUGUUGAAGUAUUGUCUUUUUCUAA